AUGGCAUUUAAGGGAGAAAAUUGUAAAGGCGGUAAAAAAUCAAAACAGAGGUUAACUGUUCUACUUUGUGCAAACAGUACUGGAACCGAUAAACUGAAGCCGUUCGUUAUAGGCAAAUACGCUAAACCUAGAUGUUUUAAGAAUGUGAAAAGUUUACCAGUUGACUACAAGGCAAACAAAAGAGCCUGGAUGACAGAAGAAAUAUUUAACAAGUGGCUGCUUGAUGUGGAUAAGGAGAUGAAAAGAAAGAAGAAAAAAAUAGCUCUCUUAGUUGACAACUGCACUCCUCACAACAAUCCUCCAAAUGAAUUUUUAAAUUUAGAUAAUGAUGUGUUGGUUUUCAGUGGUGCAAGUGAUGAAGAGAUUUUAGCAGAAGUUAUCCCGGGUGAUCAAAGUGACGAGGAAGAAGCAGCUGACUGUUCUCAAAACAGGACUCAAAAUUCACCCGAAAAUGCCAUAUUGCUAAUUAGCACUUUGCAAGAUUUUGUUGCAACAUUACCAAAUGUAACUGAUGUUCAUUUGAAUUCAUUAGAUGGACUGAAAUCUAUGUGCAUGGAAAUGGCAAUUGCUUCCAAAAAUAAGCAAACAAGACUAACCGAUUAUUUUUCUAAAUAA